ACUUGGAGUAACUGGGGGUACACGGGGCCGACAUGGAAACAUGCUUCCGGGGAGAGAAGGCCCUGACAUUGUCUCUUGUAGGGUCAUUUUCUUGUGACUUAAACCUUCCUCUUCACCUGUACGUAUUUUCUUGUGCGUGUUACUACACGACCCGCUCCGAAUGUGUUUUGUACAGAAUGGGAUAAACCGAAAUGUUUUAAAACGCAUCCCACUACGCCUUUGGCAGACUGAGGCAGUAGGAUUGCUUCGGGUUUGAGGACAGCCUGGGCUACAGUGUGAGACCCUGCUUCAGAGAAAAAGAGACAGAGACAGAGACAGACAGCCAAACCCAAAUUAACAUAAUCCUUUCGGGAGCAAAGUUUUGGCGUCUUGAUUUUACACCGAUACAUAUAUUAAAUACAAAAAGAACACAUAAACUGAAAGACUUAACAACUUCAUUACCUGUUAUCCUGCGUAUGUUUUAUGCGUUUUUUUUUCUAUUUAGUAAAUGUUUCCUGCCCUUAAAUCACAGCUUCUUGUUUUACCUCAGAUAUUUAUAUCGAAUAUGGUACUUCCCAGUAUUGAUUGUGACAACGCAUUUGCCGUUUUUUCUGGCUUUAUAAACUGUUCCAGUAUUACAGAAAAUCCUCUUCAAAACAAAGGGAUGCCUGACUUAUGGAUUUUAACCUAAGAUCACCUUGUUUUAGGAAUAAAUGGCUGCUGGACAAGAUCGAGUGGUUGCUCUUGUAGAUAUGGAUUGUUUCUUUGUCCAAGUGGAACAACGGCAAAACCCUCAUUUGAGGAAUAAGCCUUGUGCAGUUGUACAGUACAAAACAUGGAAAGGUGGUGGAAUUAUUGCAGUGAGUUAUGAAGCUCGUGCAUUUGGGGUUACUAGAAACAUGUGGGCAGAUGAUGCUAAGAAGUUGUGUCCAGAUCUUCUACUGGCACAAGUUCGUGAGUCCCGUGGAAAAGCCAACCUCACCAAGUACCGGGAAGCUAGUGUUGAAGUCAUGGAGAUAAUGUCUCAGUUUGCUGUGAUUGAACGUGCCAGCAUCGAUGAGGCUUAUAUAGAUCUGACCAGUGCUGUACAAGACAGACUUCAGAAGUUAGAAGGUCAGCCUAUCUCAGCAGACUUGUUACCAAGCACUUACAUUGAAGGGUUGCCCCGAGGCCCUACAACAGAAGAGACUAUUCAGAAAGAGGAAAUUCGAAAACAAGGCUUGCUUCAGUGGCUUGGUUCUCUUCAGAUUGAUGAGCCCACCUCUCCAGACCUACGGUUGACUGUGGGAGCAGUGAUUGUGGAAGAAAUGAGAGCAGCCAUAGAGAGGAAGACUGGUUUUCAGUGUUCAGCUGGAAUCUCACACAAUAAGGUCCUGGCAAAACUCGCCUGUGGACUAAACAAGCCCAACCGCCAAACUCUGGUCUCACAUGGGUCAGUCCCACAGCUUUUCAGCCAGAUGCCAAUUCGUAAAAUGUAAGUAUUCAGGGAGGGCCUGCAGUCCUCAUGUCCAUGUGAAUGAUCUCUGCCUGUAGUGUCUUUUGUGCCUCAUAAAGGUUUAGGCUCAGAGAGAAUAGGUACCAGUCAGAGAGGCAACACUGAAAAACUUGGGAACUACAUUUAGGCUUUUUUUCCUAAAUGAAUUUUCAAUUCAGGGUAAUCUGUGGUAUAUACCUAAUCCUUAAUUAAAAAAACAAAACAAAACUGCCAGGUGUAGUGGCGCAUACCUUUAAUCCUAGCACUUAAGAGGCAGACGCAGGAGUGUCUCUGAGUUUGAGAUCAGCCUGGUUUACAUAUCAAGUUCCAGAACAGCCAGGGCUGUGUAGACAGACCCUGUCUCAAAACAACGGAAGAACUGAAAGUGGCAUGGUGAUGGAUGCCUGUAAUCCCAGCACUGGAGAGGUAGAGAAAGGGGCAGGAGCAUCACUCAUGAAUUUAAAGCCUACGUAAUGAAUACCUGGCCACCCAGGGCUGCGGGGACUGGGAAGAUAGCUCACUGGGUAAAAGCACUUGUUGCCCAAGUAUGAGGACCAGAGUUCAAAAUCCCUAGUACCCUCCUAAAAAGCCAGAUGUGGUUGCUUGUGUACUCCCCUGUAACCUCAGUACUGUGGAGCGGGGAGAGUGCCCUACAACCCCUGAACUGUGGGGGAUGGAGAUGGGGAUUCCCAGGACUUCGAUGGUUGCCACCCAGCUCCAAGUACAGUGAAAGACCCUGUCUCAAGGCAAUAAUUCUGAGAAUGAUAGAACACCUAACAUCCUGAAGCCUAUACAUGUGUACAUAUACCACACAUACCAAACAUACACCUGAGUUUUAGCUCUGUACCUAACUUCCUCCUGGCUUUUUACUCAAGUCUAUCAAAUAUGUAACAAAUAAAAUUGUACUUCUCUUGGGAGGGUAUUGAGACAAGGUCUCACUAAACAGUCUAGGCUGGCCUCAUACUGGGGGUGUUCCUUAUGCCUCAGCCUCCUAAAUGCUAGGAUUAUGGGUACAAGCAACUACAUCUGGAAUUUUACUUUUCUUUACUAUUAAAUCAAGGGGUUUUGUUUGUUUUCUGUUGAGACAGGGUCUCUAUAGUCCAAGUGAGCCUGGAAUUCACUGUGCCACCCAGGCUCACUUGAAGCUCUUUAAUCCCAUUUCAGCUCACUGAAUGCUUGUGAUUACAGAUGGAAACCACCAUACCUGGCUCAGUCCAAAAGUUUUCAGAUCUGCUAAACUGCUCUCCAAUGAGCAUGAAAACAAAGCUGACCUGAUACAGGUUUAUGGACUGGAGGUGGUAGAGAGGCAGCCGAGGACAAAGCAGCAUGGAGACAUUCAGCAGAAAGAGGAAAGUGUAAGAUACUCUCAGGAAACCUAGGGAGACGUGAAAUAGUCCAUAUUGAUGGAGACACUGAAACAGAAACACUGAGGGUAGAGGAAGGACAUGUUGUAGGUCACUCAAAGCUAGCUGAGGAACAUUGGCCAUGGAAAAGGUUUGUUUUGGG